UUGUAUAGAGAUCCUCGGCAUUCGCACAGCAUAGCCCAUUCAAUCAACAAUAUUUUGGCCGCAGUCUCAAAACGUCCUGUUCUAUUUAAAAUAAAAAUAUACUUUCAGUGCGAGCGAGUUACAUAAUCACUACACUUUCACAGCCAGGAUGAACCCCAACAAGUGCCCGGACCUGCAUGAGCGGGCCAAGCGCAUUCACGAGCCGGGGAGGAUCUGCCGCGAGCUGCUCUACUUGCGCUCCAAGCGGGCCGUGCGCGAGGUGCCCGCCUUUACCUACCAGGCCCUGCAGAAGGGCACAGUGGUCAAACCGCCCAACAAAAUUGAUAUAUUUAAGCGUCAGCCCGUCAAGGAGACUGUAUUCAAGAUCUACUUCAUGCGCGGCGACAUCCCCGUGGCUCUGUCCGGACGCAGCAAUAAGCAGGAUCCCACCAAGGACCGCCCACUGCGCUGGCACUGCACGCCCGAGGAGCUCGACUACUGCUACUACUUGCCCAUCUUUCUGGACGGGCUGGCUGACAUUGACAGCGACACUCGCAUGCUGGCGGUCAAUGCAGCCGUCGAUCUGAUCAUGAGACAGCCGCACAAAGUGCUCCCAGUGCUGCCCAAGCUAAUACUGCCGCUCAAGCGAGCCUUCCAGACCCGGGACAAGCGCAUCAUCAUCUCGGCGCUCCAGGUGCUGCAGCUGAUGGUUCGAUUGGGUCCUUGCGUGGGACAAGCUCUGGUUCCCUUCUAUCGUCAGCUGCUGGCCGUGUGCAACCUCUACAAGAAUGUCAACGUGAAUCUGGGCGAGGGCGUCGACCCGGACCGCAGCAAGCGCAUCGGCGAUGUAAUCGAGGACACCCUGAAGCUGCUCGAGUACUGCGGCGGACCCAACGCCUUCAUCAACAUCAAGUACAUGGUGCCGACCUACGAGAGCAGCGUCUUCCCGCGUUGCCAGGCUACCGAUGGCCAGGAUGCAGCCCCCAAGCAUUGAUGACUGCUCCAAUUUUCUGCCAUCUUUUAACAGACUUAUUUUGGUUCAGUUGUAAUGAUUACCUUAACAGAAAAUUAUCGUCAAUUAGACUCGAAAUUUUA